AUGGUGAACACGUUGGCCACUGGCACGCUCGAGCCGUUGACUCCGGUGGUGAAGCGCUGCUCGGUCUGGUUGAACGAGAUCAUACCGAACGCUUCCACGAUGGCCGCUGUGCUGUUGGUGGUCUGGGCGCAGAGGGCGAGGCUGACGGAUUCGAGGUCGAGCGAGGCCGCCUGGAAGUCGAGUCCGGCGAUGGCGGUCACGUUGCCGGCGGCCGUUGGUCGCAUUGAGAUCGCCGGCCACGAUCAGCGUGAACAGCUCGGCCCCGCUCAGCUGCGAGCAGUUGAGCCCGAGCCCAAUAGCGUAGCCGCUGAGCAGCGCGCUGCCGUUCACGGCCACGCGGCCGCCGAACAUUCCAUUGACGGCCGCCAGGUCGUGCCGAAGGGCUGGGCCUCGCCCAGCAGCGGAGUCGUGCAGUUGGUGCCGGGGCCGACCACCGCGCCCACCGCGGGCGACGGGACUGGCGAGCCGAAGAUCGGCGGCGUGGGCGUGGGCGUGGCGGCAGCGGUCGGGCAGGGCGGCGGGAGCGAGGGGCAGGGCGGCGGCAGGCUCGGGCACACCGGGCACACGGGGCAGGUGAAGAUCGGCGAUGCCGAAGCCGAAGCCGAGGGCGAGGCGGAGACCUGCGGGGUGCUGACGAUGGUGGGCAGCGGGGUGGCGGAGGCCGACGGCGACUGCGACGGCGACGACGAGGGCGAAGCACCGGCGGAGGGCGAGGCCGACGGGGUGGGCGAGCCGGAGGGGGUGGUGGACGGCGAGGCGCCGGCAGAGGGCGAGGCCGACGGGGUGACCGAGGCCGAGGGCGACUGCGAGGGCGAGGUGGAGGGGGUGACGGAGGGCGUGACCGAGGGCGAGGCGCCGGCCGACGGCGAGGUUGAGGGGGUGGCCGACACCGAGGGAGUGCCCGACGGUGAGGCCGAGGCCGAGGCGACCGAUGCGCUGGCGGAGGCCGAGGGCGAAAGCGAAGGGGAGGCCGAAGCCGAGGCCGAGGCCGAUGCCGAGGGAGUCGCUGACGCGGAUGCGUUUGGCGAGGCCGAGGCCGAGGGCAGGGUCGACGGCAUCGGGCUCACCAGAAUUGUGGGCGAGGCCGACGGCGCUGCCGACACUGAUGCCGAGGGCGUGGCUGAGGCCGAUGCGUUGGGCGAAGCCGAAACUGAUGCCGAGGGAGUUGCUGAGGCCGACGCGUUGGGCGAGGCCGAAACGGAGGCUGAGGGCGUCGCUGAGGCCGACGCGUUGGGUGAAGCCGAGGCCGAGGGCGUCGCUGAAGCCGAGGCGUUGGGCGAAGCCGAAACGGAGGCUGAGGGCGUCGCUGAGGCCGACGCGUUGGGCGAGGCCGAGGCCGACGCGGUUGGCGAGGCCGAGACCGAGGGCGUGGCUGAGGCCGAUGCGUUGGGCGAAGCCGAGGCCGAGGGUGACGCUGAAAUCGAGGCGUUGGGCGAAGCAGAAACGGAGGCCGAGGGCGUCGCUGAGGCCGACGCGUUGGGCGAGGCCGAGGCAGAGGGCAGGGUCGACGGCAUCGGGCUCACCAGAAUUGUGGGCGAGGCCGACGGCGCUGCCGACACUGAUGCCGAGGGGGUCGCUGAGACCGAUGCGUUGGGCGAAGCCGAAACGGAUGCCGAGGGCGUCGCUGAGGCCGACGCGUUGGGCGAGGCCGAAACGGAGGCUGAGGGCGUCGCUGAGGCCGAGGCGUUGGGCGAAGCCGAGGCCGAUGCCGAGGGCGUCGCUGAAGCCGAGGCGUUGGGCGAAGCAGAAACGGAGGCCGAGGGCGUCGCUGAGGCCGACGCGUUGGGCGAGGCCGAGGCCGAGGGCAGGGUCGACGGCAUCGGGCUUUGCAGGAUCGUGGGUGAGGGCGAUGUAGACGGCGAGGCCGACGUAGAGGGCGACGCGGAAGUGCUGGCCGUGGGGGACGCCGAGGCGGAGGGCGACCUCGAAGCCGACGGCGAGGCCGGAAUUGACGAGGCGCUGGGCGAGGCCGAGGCAGUAGGCGACCGCGACGAAGACGGCGAGGCCGAGGCGGUGGGCGACCUCGAAGCCGACGGCGAGGCCGGAAUCGACGAGGAGCUGGGCGAGGCCGAGGCGGUGGGUGACCGCGACGACGAAGGCGAGGCGGGCACGCUCGGCGAAGCCGAGGCCGACUUGCCGGGCUUGGGGCUGCGCGAGGCCGACGGUGAAGCCGGAGUGUUGAAGAUCGCGGAGGGCGACGGUGAUGCUGGAGCGCUGCUGGCAGAGGCCGACGGUGAGGCCGGGGCGCUGCUGGCCGAGGCCGACGGUGAUGCCGGAGCGCUGCUGGCCGAGGCCGACGGUGAUGUCGGGGCGCUGCUGGCCGAUGGCGAGGCGGGAGCACUGCUGGCUGAGGCCGAGGGCUGCGGGGUGUUGACGAUGGUGGGCGAGGGGCUGGGCUUCCACCAGCCUCCGAAGAUACUGAAGCCGUCGUCCUGCGCAGCUGCAGAGGAGGAAGAAGAGAAUCAGAAGGGAUGA